CUAGACUUAAUGAAUAAGAUGUUCAAAAAAAUUCAUCAAAAAAUUCCACCGGGAGCCACCUCAAAUGGCACGUCCGGACAGAAUUUUCUAUAUAAGGACUUAUUUGACCCCUUUUUUGCAACUUCGAGGACCAAACUGACCCUUAUCCCGAAUGGGAAUAUAUAUAUGUUUCCUGAGGGUAGUGAUAAGGGAGAACUUAAUCUGUACCAAGCUGUAGAUUUUCCCACAAAGUGGGUGCAGGAGAAGGUACCAAUGAAAAAGCCCAUCAUAGAUCCUUCUAUAAUCUCACAUGACGGGAAAUACUGGCUGUUUGGUUCAGAUAAUAGUGGCAUUGGGGCCCAAAAUAACGGACAACUAGAAAUCUGGUAUAGUGCCUCUCCUCUUGGCCCUUGGAGGCCCCACACAAUUACACAAAGAACCCCAUUUACAAGUAGUACAAGCUGGAUGAGUGGGGGAAGACCGUUCAUGUAUGAUGGGAACAUAUACCGUGUUGGUCAAGACUGUGGUGACACAUACGGGAGGGCAAUCCGCAUAUUCAAAAUAGAAAAAUCUCACAACACAUGAGUUCAAAGAAGUUGAGGUUCCAUUUGGCAUUCAAGAAUCUAUGAAGGGGAUAAAUGCAUGGAAUAGAGCCCACAGCCAUCACUUUGACGUGAAACGGCUGAACUUGAGAGAGUGGAUCGCCUUUUUGGAUGGGGGUCAUGUGCAUUCAGGUGAUGCGACCCACCGGUUUGCUCUCGGCUUUGCUUCUGAUGUUGGUGUUGCAGUAAUGCUCAUAUUCUUGGGUGUUUUACUUGGGGUCGUGAAGUGUGUUGUCCCUUUGACUCGGCAUUCACACAACAUGGGAAAGAAGAGUGGUUUUUUUUCAGCCCGUGAAGAAGAAUCCAAGAAUCCAUUCUCCAUGAAAUUUUAGUUUUUAAUUGAACCGCAUGGGCACAUUUCUACGUGCCAAAAUAAAACCAAGCACAUGUCCAGGAGCUUUGGUUCUUGCCCUGAGUCCCUGACAUUCUUAACCGCAGCUACUUUGGUGUGUUUAGUCGCCAGCCGGAAAGAUGGCUGGGAUGUAUAGCGUGUAUAAAAAUCUGUUACUAAUUUCUUGUUUCUUUAUUUUUUGCGAUGGGUUAAGUUUUUUUCGGGUCUCAGAAAUCAUGCUUUAGCCUCUUUGUAGACUGUCACUUAACCUCAUAUGAUAUUUUUGUACAUGGACGAGUUUAGUUAAAUCAUGUUUAUCUCCAAGGUGAAAUGCAUUUCUUUAAACAUUUA